AAGUACAGUACUACAGUACAACAAAUUGUCGAAAAAAAUGUUCCUGAAACUGACUGCAUAAUACUGUGGGAUUUUUACUGUUUUGUUUUUAAAUUAGUGCAGCUGUACUUUCAUUUUCUCGCUGAUUAUUUCUUGAAGAACUGCUUUUACUGCAGACAGGAACUGCAAGCGUCAGUCCAAGAAUUUCUAUAUAUGCUUGAAAACUGAAAUGGAAGGCCAGCUACCGCAAAACUCCAUAAAGGACGAAUCGGAAAAUUCGUAUCCGUAUCCGACCCAGAAUACUGAUGACCAGGUGGAGCCGGAAAGCAAUCAAGACUCAAAAGGUUCUACGGGUUCUCUUUUUCCCGAGCUGCAACAACGCAGUAAAGAUCUCUGUGACCGAACUGGCUACACUUUGACGAUUGGGCCUACUCUGCGGAAGUACGGCGGACCACCGCCGGACGGCAGCGAGAGACCUCGCGCUAGUGAAGUUUUCUUAGGUCGACUGCCACGCGAUAUGUUCGAAGACGAAAUAGUUCCCAUUGUCGAGAAAUUCGGUAGAGUAUGGGAAUUGCGCAUACUGCUCGAUGAAAAGGGAGAAAUGGGCCGAGGAUUUGCUUUCGUUACUUUUUGCGCGCCGCAGAUGGCCGACAACUGCAUCCGCGGACUGAACGGGAAACCGAUACCUGGCCGAGCGAAUGCCAGCAAGUUUGCCGCGUCGUUGUCAAAGCCACACUCCCUGGUUGUACUCAGAAAUUUACCGAAGGACAAGACAAGGAAACAACUUCAGGAAGAUUUUGGAAGCUAUUUUGAAGGCAUUUUGAAUGUUCAAAUUUGGGGCGUGGACGCGGAAACCAAGCCAGCGCGUUUGACUGCUUUUCUGGAAUUUGGUUCGGAAAGAGCAGCUGUUGGAGCUCUAAAUCGUAUCACUUCCGGAGAAGUUCGCCCAUAUAAUUACCAGUUGGACGCCUACUAUUCGUAUUGCGACGAUACUAACAAUGCCCAUACUGUGGUACUUCAUGUACGCAACCUCCCAGAAAAAGCGAAUGAAGAAAACUUAGCACAACACUUCCAGCAGUACCCAUCCUUUGACAAAGCCCGUUUGAUUAGCCGAUUUGCAUUCAUCCAUUUUCGGGACCAUACUACCGCCGAGCGGGCUCUGCAGGAACAAUAUGGAAACAGAUUUUUGGGUCAAUCGUUAGAAAUGGCCUGGGCCAAAACUAAAACAUACGUUCCCAUGCCUCCUCCACCCCGACCAGUGGACGGAGACCGCUCCGGAGGUGCCCGUGGACCUCCCCCGCCUCCACCGUCUCGCAGCCGAGAGCGCCGCCCAGGGUAUGGCGAAUCAUUACCACCGCCUCCACCCCGCCGCCCUGGACCACCACCCGGACAUCGCCCAUCUCCUCCGCGGGCACCUCGCUAUGGAUACCGGGAGCCGCGAGACGAUUUCGUGGAUUAUCCACCACAGUCUCAUGGAUAUGGGCACUCCAUGGCGGCAAGGGAUCCGUACUACGACAGUCCUAGCCAGGCUAGCCUGUUGCGCCCGUCAUAUCUUCAUUCUCGUUCCGACGACUAUGGUCGCAGUUACGGACCAAGUGGAGGUUACGACGACUACGGCGGUCGGGAAAUGAGUCCGCCUCCGCGUUAUGGUGUUCGACGUGGUCGGGAGGAAGAAAGCCACAUACCGCCUCCUCGUAAGCGCCGACCAUUCGAAGGAGCGUCGGGAUAUGGACACGUGGAGCAGCGCGCCCCUAGAGUGGAUUAUAAUGGUGCGGGUUUUUCACAGGGUGCGCCCCACAACACAAUGCCUGUUAGUGAACCUCCGUAUAGCCGUCAACAUGGUGGCCCGAGCACGGAUUACCGUCGCGCUGCACCAGAUCAUGGUAUGCGCCAACCCAGCAGCUAUGGAAAUCGGCAAACCGUGGAUUAUGCUUCAGAUAAUUACAGUGCGAGCUAUGGUAAUGGUUGGGAAAGUUGAAAAGUGCUCGAUAAACUUGACUUACGUGAGCACAGCUGUUUAAAAUAACAAAACACAAUAGUAUUAGUUUUCCGUGUUUGUAAUAUUCAACCGAUAUUUUCCCCCUGAUUUCGUGUUUAGCUUUCCAGUUUUGUCUACUUUUAUUAGCAGUUUCAUGCAUUUUAGUUUCACGGUCAGUCACAGACUCGCAGAAAAUCUUGUAGCCUUUGUGUUCAUAUUGAAAUCGCUAACGAAUAGUACUCGUACAUGUUGCUGCAAGAGUGCUGUUUAUUCAUGUGUUCAAACAAGAUUUGCAUGCGGCUGAACGACACAAGUGUUAUAAAUAAAUUG